AAAACCUUACGCACACGAUCGAAACAACCGAUUGAGCCAAGAUGGCGCCACCUAUGUGUGUCGAGUGCGAGGAUACGGCGGCCGCUGUGCGCUGCGAGGAUUGCGAGGACGUUUACUGUCCACUUUGCUUUGAGGCACAGCAUCACGCCGGGUCACGUUUGCGGCACACCAAGACAGAGCUUGCGGGGGCCAGUAGGGAAGCCCAAUCCAGUGUCAACACUCCACCGCCGCCACCUCCUGAGCCUUCGGAGCCUCCUACUGAUUCUGCAGACGAGGAAGCAACCCCUCCGCCACCUUCAAUCCCUCCUCCGUCUCCUAUGAAGCCCUCGUCAGCCAAUGAAGCGCCAGUGACGAGCGAAUCAGAGGAGGACGGCGGCAGCCAGGAUGAAGAAGACGACGAUGAGCUAAUGCGCGAGAUCGAUGAGGCCCCAUCAGCGCUCAUGAAGGACGCAGCAUACAUCCCAUUGCGACUGAAUGAGGAGGAGCGUGCGCUAUUCAACCUGCUGGACGCAGCACUCAACGUCAGCGAAUACACAGACAAGGUAGACGUUUUGUCCUACCGCUCGCCCGUGAAACGCGUGAUCCAUGAGCUGAAUGAAGCCUUCGGAGUGCUUUCUGGACUGAUGAUCGCCAACGACUUCCGUCAAGGACGUCGACUCGUACAAGACAAGCAAUUCAAAGACAACGAGGAGUUUUUUCGCCAGGUCUUUGAGAUCGGACGUCGCUAUAAGAUCAUGAACCCGGAGCGCAUGCGCAACAACUACGGCAAGAUGAUCUACUUGCUACAGGACGCCAACUUGCGUGAAAUUAGGAAUUAUCUGGGCUUUUCCUGCGUGGCACCUAUUAAGACAGUGGCGUCGCUGCUUAAGGAACGCCAUGCACUGGAGAUGCUGCGUGAUACGCGCUGCGCAGUGGCGACUUCAGUGGCUGCUGUUGAUCCCGAUCUACUGGCUGACGCAGAAGCAAUGCAGCGCUUCUCUCGUGACAAGCAACAGGCGAUCGAGGAGCUCGUGCACGACUACUCGUCCGCGUCGCUGUCCGAAGAAGAGAUUCGGCUGUGCCUUGCAUCGAUUUCCGAUAGCCAGAGCUACCUGGCAUCCAAUCGGUCGCCAAUCACGCGGAUGAUCGACUACUUGGAGAAGUUUUUCACACCAGAGAAGGCAGAAUCAGGUUUCAGUCUCGACAUUCGGGCAGGUAAGAACGGCGCGCGACUAAGUCACAGCCACGCUAGUCAGUAUGAGUACGUGCUGCAGUCACUGCUGCUGUGGAAGAACAUUACAACGUCCAUGCUACGUCUGUGGUGGGUCGUGGAAGAGGAUCUACUGGGUGGCAGCAUGUAUCGUCUCCGUGAUACUGGUCAGGGUCUCAACCGUAUGCAGCACGCACCCGAGACGUCUCACUUGGUGCACUCGAUCUUGCACCACACACAGAAGCUGCGUCCUCGCUGGGUCGGCUCUUCAGUGGUACACUUAGGUGACCACAACGUCCCCAAUGCCCUCAUGUUCAUCGACAAGUACACGCAGAUUUCGCGCAUUCUCAGUCCCAUCGUCAACACGGUGCACGACAUCCCAGCACUGGCAGCGCAGCCCAACACGCGCGCGUAUAUCGAAGACAGCUUCGGCGGCGCCGAGACGCUGCAGAAGCGUAUUCUGUGUGACUUUUUCAAGCACGGCUUCGACGGCAGCGGUGCGGACAAUUUCUUCGAUGCCGGCUCGUGCAUCGACGGGCGUCUCACGAGCGCUUGGAACUGGUGCUCUCGAAUAGAGAAGAAGCCUUUCUUCCACGUCUUCCUCAUGGCUGGCUUCGUCGGCUUCGACGGACACUUUGAGAAGUAGAUCAGAUGGAAAUACAGACCCGACUUUGCCAACUGCUAUCACGCGUUCAUCACGGUGACCGUCUACCACAGCAACAUGGGUACAGUACUUCUUAGCCACGUCAUGAACGACUGGGGCGCAUGAAUUCCAGGCAGUGCUGAGAUAUCCAUCCACUCGUUUGAUUACUACUAACUAUUAACUAAUUCAGCUUCACUAUCACGCAUACUCC